AUGUCAGACAACAGUCAAAUUCACCCAUACCAGCUUCUGGACAUUGAUGAAAGAGUUAAACGUGUUCUGCGUAACACACCACUUGCAGAUGGACAUAACGAUCUCCCUCAACAGCCACGAUGCUGCUUCAAAGGCAAAAUACACAACAAUCCCAAGUUCGACCUCGAANAGGGCUUUCAGCGCGGCAUGACCGAUUUGCCACGUCUGAAACAGGGUGCUGUGGGGCUUCAAUUCUGGUCCAUUUGUGUACCUCAUCUUCGUGGCUCGGAAGAUUUUGCCCUGCCUCAGUACAAUGAUAUGUGUCGUGAUGCUAUCGAGCAAAUCGAUCUCUCUAUUCGUAUGGUCAAGCAAUACCCCAAAGACUUCGAACUCAUCUUCGGCCCGGAAAAUGUCAGAGAGAUUUAUCAGCAAGGAAAGAUUACCUGUUCGAUUGGUUUGGAGGGACUACAUCAAGCUGGGAACUCUAUUAGCGUGAUCAGGGCGUACCAUCAGCUGGGUGUAAGAUAUGUGAGCAGAAUGAAUCUCCAUUUAAUCCGCUGUGAUGUGCUUGUGACUGACAAGGCAGNNUGCACCUUGACGCACGUUGAGAACAAUGCUUUCGCAGAUUCUUCCACAUCUAAGGUAGGACCGGUCCACGGAGGACUGUCGAGCCUGGGGAAAGCGGCAGUCAAAGAGAUGAACCGACUAGGCAUGAUGGUUGACCUUUCCCACGUCUCGCGCGAAGCAGCGGAACAGGCUCUCAAGUGUACCGUCGCUCCUGUUAUCUUCUCUCAUAGCAACGCGCGCGGUGUCUUUGACUGCCCUCGUAACGUGCCAGAUUCGGUUCUCGAUCUCGUACCCACCAACAAUGGUAUAGUCAUGAUCACUUUCGUGCCCGAGCAUCUCGCGACCAGGAGAUCUGAAGCCACGAUAGAUAUGCUUCUUGAUCAUCUGUUCUACAUAGCGAAUCGAAUCGGGUGGGAGCACGUUGGUCUCGGUUCGGACUUCGAUGGCAUUGCAUCCGUCAUCCCUGGACUUGAGGAUUGCUCUCGCUUCCCUGCUUUGCUGCAAGCCAUUUUGGAGCGUGGCGCUACGGAGGAGCAACUCGCACUGGUUGCUGGGGAGAACAUACUUCGGGUGUGGACAGAGGUCGUUCAGGUUGCUGAGCGAAUGCAGGAGGAGGGAGUGACCCCUGUAGAGGACGUGUGGGAAGGAAGAGAGUUCUGGAGGUAUGAUGGUUACUAUCAAAUGCCUGAUCCUGAUCCCGAGGAUAGUCUAGGCCUUGACUGGUAUGGACUGAAGCCUCCGGAGGAAGGUUUGUAUCAUGAAUAG